AUGGCAGCACCCAACGCCGGCGCUCUCGCCGCUGUUCGCGCGCCCAUGGAGAUGGCGACGGGAUCCAUGGAGACGGCCCUCAUCAGCGAUCCGACGGCCAAGCUCCCCGACGACAUCCUGGUCGAGAUCAUCUCGCGCGUGCCGUUCAAGUCCACCCGCUGCUGCAAGUGCGUCUCCACGCGCUGGCGGGACCUCAUCGCCCACCCCGACCACCGCAAGAAGCUUCCCCGGUCGACCCUCGCCGGCUUCUUCUACAAAACCUACGACAUGGCCAGCCGUCCACAUGAUUUGCAUGGUUACCGAAGCGUCUCAGGGAACUGGUGCCCCAUUGACGCCUCCCUCUCGUUCCUGCCAAAAUGCGAGGAGAUUGACUUGUUGGACUGCUGCAACGGCCUCCUCCUCUGUCGACGUUCGAAGCCUUAUCCCGAGGAACCGGAUUAUGUGGUGUGCAAUCCUGCCACUGAGAAAUGGGUAACCUUCCCUGCCAAUGAAUGGUCCUCGGAAUCGUAUGCUCGCCUGGGAUUUGAUCCGGCCGUCUCCUCCCAUUUCUAUGUGUUCGAGUUGGUACCUGCUGUGGCUUUGAAUUGGAAUUUGAAGUAUGAAUAUAACAUCGAAGAGGUGGGGAUCUACUCAUCCAAAGCUGGAGGUUGGACACAUCAAAUUGAAUGGGACGAUCCAAUUGAGAUACGCAACUUUUCAGGUGGCACAUUUCUCAGUGGGGUGUUGUAUUUAUGUUCCUAUAAUAAUUUGGUUGCAGCCAUCGACGUGGAGGGAAACUGUCGUUUCAUUCCUGUUCCUACUUUAAAUGAUGCUCGCUGUGGUCCUUAUAUUUAUGCAUCACGUGGACAAUUGUAUGUCGCAAAUUAUGGUGCUGCUGAAGUAUCAAUCUGGGUCCUUGAAGAUUCUAGUAGUGAAGAUUAUUGGACCUUGAAGCACAAUGCCAGCUACUUGCAACUGUUCGGUUUAAGCAGCAAGGAAUUUUACGGUGUUAUCUCAGCCCACCCAGAAGACGAUGUGCUAUUCAUGACUGUCGAAACUACAUUACCGGGGCACCGAUUACAGAUGAAAUUAUUUUCAUACGAAAUUGAUUCUAAGGAGCUGCGUUUUAUAUGUGAUCUUGGAUGGAUUUCCAGGUGCCCUUAUCUUCCAUAUGUUCCUUUGUUCUCGGAGUCAUUGGCAGAUGGGCACUAA